AUGCCUCAGGUCUCCGAGAGCAAUGCAAAGGGGCCAGACAACGUUGUCCCCGUGGAGACGAGAUGGCAAGUCUACUGCGACCUGGACGGAGUCCUAGCGGACUUUGAGCGGGGCGUCGCCGAGCGCACGAAGAGACAGCCGAAAGAGUUUUCCAGACGACGCAAGAUGUGGCGACGCCUAGCGCCACCGCGCACGGAAGAGUUCUUUGCCCGACUGGAUUGGAUGCAGGGCGGAGCGGAGCUCUGGAAGUACCUGGAGCCCUUGUCCCCGGCCAUUCUGACUGGCUCACCUUCCGGGGACUGGGCCGGUCCGCAGAAAGUGCGCUGGUGCGAGAAGAAUCUCAAGUUGCCGGCUGAUCGUGUUCUCGUCGUAGACGCCAGCGACAAGGCUCUUUUUAGCCAUCCUGGAGCCAUCUUGGUGGACGACCGGGCGGAGUACCGCUUUGAGUGGGAAGCCCGCGGUGGGAUCUUCGUCCACUGCACGGACGCCCAGGCGUCCAUCCAGAUGGUCCAGGAAGCAUUGCAGAGGCUCAGUGGACCCACGUCACUGCGCUGCGCAGACCUUUGUGCCAAGACGGUCGAGGAAACAGCCGGCGAGUCGGAAGUGAUCCUGGCCGCAGCCUGA